AGAGGAACCAGGCAGGCCCCGGAGUAAAUGAAUGUGCCGCCCUACAUAAUUGCGCAAUUAGAAAAAGCGAAUGACGUUAUUCGGCGUCAGUCCGCCGAGUUAGACAGACUACGCUCUAGCGACGUUCAAGUAGAAAACAUUGCUUUGCGAACUCAGCUUAUGGAGAUUGCUCAAGAAUACAGAUUGCAUCGAGAACGAAUACUCGAUCAGGAGGUGCUCCUGUCGGAAUUGAAUCAUGAAGUAAAAAGCUUAGCACGCGAUAAAGACAUCUUGCAAGAGCGAUGCAUCGAACUGGAAAGAAAGUAUAAAAAAGCGAAAGCGGCAAGCAAGGAAUUUGAAAAGUUAAUUGAUUUGGCUGAACCCUGUUCGUCAGGAAAUUCUCCAUCUUUACUCGAGCGAUCUCGCAAGAAGCACACUUCACCGUCAAAGAAACUAGAAGAUGAGUGUAGAGAUACUGUCCAGAUGUGCUUGGAGAACAAGCAGAUAGAGAUCGAAGAUCUUCGUGCUAGACUUGAAAAAGAAAUUAAUAUAUCGAAAUCCUUGCAUGAAGAUCUAGACCUGAGUCGGAAACUAGUCCUAGAGAGAGAUGAGCAAUUGAAUGAAUUGAGUAUUAAAUUACGAGAUGCGGAACUCAAAUGUCAACAGACUGAAGACCAUUUGUCUCGUACCUCCACGGAUCUCGCUCUUGAACGAGCUCGUUGCGAUGAUCUCACACUUUCUUUGCAAGAAAGUGAAACUUUGCUAACACAGACUAGAUCAGACUGUCUUUCUUAUGCUUUGGAAAAUCAACGACUGGUUGAAGAGGCACGAGUAGCCAACCAACAACUCGUGUCUUACCGAGCAAAACUUGAUGCGCAAGGAGCUGAUCUCAUUGCAACAAAGAAAACGCUUCGGGCUCUUCAACGGGAAAACGGAUUCACGGUGCCUCAAAAUACGGGUGUAAAUGAUGACAGAACACAAUAA